AUGGCCAUCCAUCCUCAGUGGAUUUACAUUCUUGGUAUCCGCUGUGCCAUCAAAGCCUCGGAAAUGAAUUCACAGGCCUCCUGGCUAAAUGAAAAACAGGCAUGUCUGAGAUAUGCUUCUCCAGCGGAAAAGUCCGAUUCGGAGGCAUUAGUUACUGCCGGAGUGGGGCCCACACGUGUCCUCGCGUUUGACAUGUGCACAGACAGAGAUGGUGUCGAUGGCGAGCAGAACUAUCUGGUCACUCUGGAGCUGGAGGAGGCGUCACUCGACGCCAGAGAGUUGGAUCUUGUCCAUUUGGUAGUCAGACGGGGUGCCGAGUACCGCAUCAACGACUGUCGGGCCACCUGGCAACUUCUCAGCUCGUCACGAAGGCCAAGUUGUGAAGUUGGCAACUGUGAACCGCGUGUUAAGCUGGCACGCAACCCGAAAUCUGGUCGACGAGUGAUCAUUGCUUCACCGCCCGGAAUCAGCCAGUCAACCUUUGGAUGUGCUACUCUACCUGCCGGUCUUGUGGUUGUCGAGCUUGAAGUUGAUUCAACAGUUUCUAACAGGGCCGAUGGAGAAGUUCCCGAUCCACUGUUAGCCUGUCUACCGUUUCAAAACAAAGAGACUGACCUUCUUGCCUGGCGACUGGUUGGUUGUCCUGUCGGAAUCUCUAAUACACCCGGCCAAUGUGUCUGCACCAUAGCCGUAUUUCAUGCAGCCGCUUCUUGUGGAGUUGGCAUGGGAGCAGGCUGGCGUUGUAGUGAGGGUCUGGUGGAACUGAGAGAUUUGCCAGGACUGGGACCGAUGACGGCGACUCGACGAUUUGCCUGCCCGCCCACCUGCACAAUGUCUCAGCUCGUCGACUUUUGGGUUCCCGGCAACGGUAGCCAGAUAAUCGUUGCCUGGCCAAUGAAUAGCCACGUUGGAAGCGAGAACGAACAGAACUCCAUCGUCUUUCCUAGAUCCGGGAGAGAAUACUUCAGAGAAAAGACCCUACAACUGUGGUCAGGCAGUCUCGUCGACCCACCGGCGACCUUCACUUUGGUCGCCUGCAGGCAUAGAGACGACACCAGACGAAGAAACAGGUAA